CACGUUUCAAGCACUUUUGGCGGUUAAUUAGCAUGCCACUUACAACGGUUUCGCACCAAGGCAUUUUAAAUUUAGCUACAAAUUUAGGGUGCUCCAAGCUUGGCAGCUUUUUCUUUCCCAAACUUCCAUCUCUCUUCAUCACAAUGUCUCCAAUCUCUGAAUUUUCUGAACGUCCUAUUCCCGAAACCAUUGUGCUUUUUGACGUCGAUGGCACUUUGACUCCUGCUCGCUUGGGUGUUUCGCAAGAGAUGCUUGAGACCUUGGUCGAGCUCCGCAAGAAAGUAGUCAUUGGUUUUGUUGGGGGCUCUGAUCUUAGCAAGCAGGUGGAGCAAUUGGGCGCCACAGUCUUGAACGACUUUGACUAUUGUUUUGCUGAAAACGGUCUCACUGCAUACCGUCUUGGUCAAAAGAUGGCUUCCCAGAGCUUUAUUGAAUGGAUUGGUGAUGAAGAAUACAACAAGCUUGUGAAGUUCAUUUUACACUAUAUUGCGGAUCUGGAUAUCCCCAAGAAGCGUGGUACCUUUGUUGAGUUCCGUAACGGUAUGAUCAACGUAUCGCCUAUUGGCCGUAACUGCUCGCACGCUGAGCGUUGCGAAUUCGAAAAGUAUGACUUGGAGCGUGGCAUUCGUCGCAAGUUUGUCGCAGACCUCAAGGCUGCUUUCCCACACUUGGAAUUAACUUACUCCAUUGGCGGUCAAAUCUCUUUUGACGUUUUCCCCACUGGUUGGGACAAGACUUACUGCCUUCGCCAUGUCCAGAAGGAGGGUUUCAAGAACAUCCACUUCUUUGGUGACAAGACCUUCGAGGGAGGCAACGACUAUGAAAUCUAUACCCAUCCAGAAGUUACCGGCCACUCCGUCAAAUGCCCUGAAGACACGAUGAAGAUUCUCAAGGAAUUGUUCCCUUAAGAAAGAUAUACGUUUUUUGCUCUCUUUCCUCUUGUGCUGUACCUUUUCUCCACACACACAUACACACGUACGCAUCUCUCUCAUACUUAAACUCCUUCACCGCCCUUUCUCACCUUUAUUUUGUCUCCUUUCCAACUUAUUUAAUUUAUUGGCGUAUUGUCAUCUCAAAUAAAGUGCAUCAUUCGUGAAUGCACUUGGAAAAGAAAUGAAGAAUGCG